AUGAAAAAUUUAACCGAUUCUUUCGUUUACUUGGGUCACUGGCCAUCCGCCGGGAGUUUCGGAUUUAAUACCGAUAUUUUAGCAACAAAUCCAAUAAAUCUAAGUGUAGUUUUCGGUGUAUUGAUCUUUUUUGGAAAGGGAGUGUUAAAUGAUUUAUUAGAUAACCGAAAGCAGAGGAUAUUAAAUACUAUUCGAAAUUCAGAAGAACUGCGUGAAGGAGCUAUUCAACAAUUAGAAAAUGCCCGGGCGCGCUUGCGUAACGUAGAAACGGAAGCGGAUAAGUUUCGCGUGAAUGGAUACUCUGAAAUCGAACGAGAAAAAUUGAAUUUGAUUAAUUCAACUUAUAAAACUUUGAAACAAUUAGAAAAUUACAAAAAUGAAACCAUUCUUUUUGAGCAACAAAGAACAAUUAAUCAAGUCCGCGAACGGGUUUUCCAACAAGCUUUACAAGGAGCUAUAGGAACCCUAAAUAGUUGUUUGAGUAAUGAGUUACAUUUACGUACUAUUAAUGCAAAUAUUGGGAUGUUUGGUACGAUGAAAGAAAUAACUGAUUAA